CUGAGGCUGGGCAUUAACCCCUCUGAAGUGUCGUGAAGCCCGUCCGGGAGAAGCUGUCGGAGUGGGAGAGAGAGCCCCUCUCCCAAGAGGUGGAAGAGGACGAGGUUUAGGCUGGAAGAGCUUUAGAGGAGCCUUUUUCCAGCUACUAAGAUGUGCCAGCCCCAUCUUAGAGCUGGGUAUUCAACUGUGAGCAAGACCCACGCAUUUUUCUGCCUUCAAGACACUCAGCGUGUGGUGGGAAAGAGGAUGGAUGGUUUGGUUUUAUGUGAACCAACAGAGCUUUACAACAUCUUGAAUCAGGUCACAAAACUAUCCAGAUUGACUGAAACCAACUAUCUCUGUUUAUUUGAUGUGCGUUCCAAACGGGAGUAUGAUGAAAGCCAUGUGAUUACAGCCCACCGAGUGAAGAAGAAGGCAAAUGAAUAUCUUAUCCCGGAGUCUGUGGAUCUGGAGUGUGUAAACUACUGUGUAGUGUAUGAUCACAGAACCAGCUCCCUGGGCGUACUCCUAAAACAUGAUGAUGAAGAUAAUGAUGAGUACUCUGACAAUAUUGGAGGAGGACUGGUCCUCGGAGCUGCCAUUGAGUGUGGUAGAGCGUUGGCCCGCCUCACCCACCACCCCAUCCGUAUCCUGAGAGGGGGAUACGAGAGCUUCUCGGCCACAUACCACUUCUUCCGGACACAGAAGAUUAUUUGGAUGCCCCAGGAGCUGGAUGAAUUUCAGCCAUACCCUGUUGAAAUAGUGCCAGGCCAGAUUUACCUGGGUGAUUUCAGGCAAGCCUGUGACCCUAAAAUUCAGAAGGAUUUGAAAAUCAAAGUACAUGUCAAUGUCUCCAUGGAGACAGGGCCAUUUUUUGUAGGCGACCCUGACAAACUUCUGCAUAUCCCAAUAGAGGACACCCUGGAAGCCAACAUUUUCCCCUUUUUGCGUCAUCUCUGUCACUUCAUUGAAGUCCACCUCCAGAUUGGCUCUGUCAUCCUGGUAUUUUCUACUCUGGGCAUCAGUCGGAGCUGUGCAGCCAUCUUGGCCUAUCUUAUGCACCAGAAUGAGCAGACCUUGAAGAAGUCCUGGGACUACGUCAAGAAGUGCAAAAACAACAUGUGUCCAAAUCGGGCCUUGGUGGCUCAGCUGUCAAAGUGGGAGGAGAUCGUUCUCGGAGGCUCUGUCACAGAUAUCUCAGAUCCACUCUUCUGAUCUCUGUGGUCCAGCUGUAGGUCCUGAAGAACUUUGCUUGGGAGCUUCUUGUGGGUAGUGGGCCAGGAUGUGUAACCAGGUCGGUGUGGAAGAAAACCUUUGCUAGCCU